AUGGAAACUGAUUUGAUCACUCCGAAUCAGACCAGAUCGGCUUGUAUCACUGAAAAGCUGUUACUUACGCACGAAUUGAGAGCCAGUGUCCGAUUUGUUGUCAAGGCUAACGGCGAGCAAGGAGAAAAGUCGAGCAAAUCUGAUGCAGGCGUCACUGAGACUGGGCCAAACAGCAGUCGGGCAGGUCGGCUAGGCAACCCGUUGAUCAAGCAAACAUUUAGCUACGACCUUGCCGGAAUUCUCCGGAUGAAAAACAUGUGUGGGCUUAAUUCGGCCGAAACGGCCGGCUCAGCAAUUCUGCUGGCCGAAAGCCAAUUAGGAGCACAUGGGAAGAAAGAGACGGCCGAAUCCUUCGCAAUAAUGAGACACAACUGUGUGACUCACAUUGCUCGGCGAAAUCUGAUGAAUUGCACACAGGCACGUGGACACUUGUGA